AUGACAAACUUAGAUAAAUGUUUAGCGGCAUACAAUUUUGUUUUCAAAAUACUCUUUUUUAUAAUAAAAAGGAGACAUCUUAAAAUUCUUAUUGAUGAAAUAAGAAAUUCUGGAGAUAAAGUUAGCGAUGAUAGAAAAAAGUUAAUGGGUAUAUAUAUUAUAUUGGCCACUUUGGUGUCCACCACUUUGGUUGGUGCCUUCAGUUUUUUGAGUCAACUCAAAGGUGAGAUGACUAUUGAAGCGUGGAUGCCGUUUGAUCCAUUUAAAAACAGAAUGUCUUUGUUGCUGGCCGCUCAAAUUUUAGCAGUUGGUUUUGCUGUACCUUGCUUGUAUAGAGCGUGUGCUUUACAUGGCGUGGUUUGUUGUAUUAUUAUGUAUUUUUGUGAUCAGUUAAUUGAGCUACAGGGUAGGUUAAAAAAUUUGGGUUAUUCUGAAGAUAGAGACCGCGAUGUGAGGGAGGAGUUCAAAGAAAUACUAAAAAAGCAUGUCCGCAUAAUGAGAUAUUCUAAGUCUUUUACAAAUAUUUUCAAGGAGUUCUUUUUGAUACAAAAUUUAGCAGUCACGAUCGAGUUAUGUUUAAAUGCUAUAAUGGUUACAGUGAGCACAGGUAUAGCUCAAGCGGCGUACGAGUCUGGUUGGACAUCAUGGCCGAUAGAUUUACAGAAAGAUCUAUUAAUUUUGAUUUUAGCAGCGCAAAAACCGCUUAUUUUAAGCGCUGGUGGCAUGACUAUUAUGUGUAUCCAGACGUAUAGCCAGGCGCUCUACAACGCUUACUCUAUUUUUGCUGUGCUCAAUGAUGUUGUUGAU